ACCGCACAAGAGCAGUAAAUUACCAUGCUAUUACUUUUUAUCGCCUCAAUUGUAAACACCCUUCUUUUAACCAGUAUCAACUUAAUCGAAUGUAGCAAAGAGCCGCCACCACAACAAGCCAGAAAGGACAAACCAAAACCAAAACCUUUACCUCCUCCGCCGCCGAACAUCGAACUGGCUGGAAGCGGAGCAAAGGAUGAUCAUACAUUAAAAGAUGUUGCGUCUCUUUCACCUGAUGAAGACAGUAUAAAGAAUAAGAAAAAACCUUCAGGCUCACGGGAAUGAAUGUUUUAGCAAUUUCGUAGAAUUAUAUUCAUGAAGGAAA